GCAGGGCUCCUGAGCGGUGGACGACGGGUUCAUCGACACGGCACAUGAUCUGCUCAAUCGGCCUCCAACGACCGCCCAAAUCCGUGGAGCUGGAGGUGGUCGUGGAGGGCUCUUCGAUCCGUCCUGCAGCGCCGAUUGUGAGGUACCCAGCCGACCGUCUUCCGUGUAGGCUUUCCAAUCUCACUCCUCUGUUCUGCAGAUUAUAGUUUUCUUUUUCAGAGGCUUUUCAACCAAAAUCAAGGGGAAAAGAGGAAGAAGAGAUGGAGAAGACAACAUAAUUGUUGUGUAUAUAUGUCACUGUGUGCGUGAUAGAAGAUUCCGUUCAGAUUUUUCUUUAAAUAUAUGGAAGCAUCUUUGAGUAAUUGAGUAGCUCUACUAUAUGGAAGGAAAGCAUGGGGCCGAGCUGAAUUUAGUUAAACCGUUUUGGAAGGAGUCAGCUCUCCAAUUCGGUUGAUCCUAGCGCCCGUCGCUCCUCGAUCCAGAUCAUGCGGGAAGAUUUAAGGGCAAGCGCCGGCUCAUCUUUUUUGCGUCGAUGCCAAGCAAAAUCCCGGGAUCAAUCGGGAAUCCAAGGAAACGACCAGGAAAAAGAGCCUAGCGCCCGCUCCAAGCGCUCCCCUUGUACGUACAUACAUGCCCUAAAACCUUCCCGGGGUUCCGGACGCAACACCGAAGCCGCACCACCGAAGCAACCCUCCCUCCUUCUCUCGCGCCGCCGUCCUCCGGCGACUUAUUCCCCGCCGCCCCGCCCGCCCGCCGCCGGGCGCCGACGCCGCGGAUUCGCGUCUGCCGGGGGAGGCAGGAUGGGGCUGCUGCGGGGGUUCUCGGUGGGGGCCGUGAUGAAGCGGAUGUGCAAGGCGGUGCUGAAGAAGGGGCUCGGCGAGUUCUUCCUGGGCGAGCUCGAUCUAGACCAGAUCGACCUCCAGCUCACCCGCGGCACGCUCGAGCUCACCGACCUCGCGCUCAACGCCGAGUUCAUCAACGCCCAGCUAUCAAGAUCUCCUUUCAUGGUGAAAGAAGGAUCCAUAAAAUCCCUGCUGGUUAAAUUUCCUCUACAGUUGAAGAGUUGUGAGAUUGUAGUGGAAGACUUGGAGCUUGUCCUCGCUCCAUCUGUUCCUAGUGAAGUUCCACCUGUAGAUGCCGAGUGCUCUGUUUCUGGUAAUAGUAGUGGCACGCAGACAUCCAUCAACACCAACAGAAGCGAAUCCGAUAAACACUGUUCCACAUCUGCAUCUCGAGAUGUGGAUGAAGGCGUUAAGAGAAUAGCCAAUGUUGUCAAGUGGUUCCUGACAAACUUCAAAAUCAAGUUUAAGAAUACAUAUAUUGUAUUUGAUCCUCAGACAAGUUUGGAUAACAAGGUCUCGGAAUUCAACCGAUCACUAGUUUUCCGGGUUAAAGAGAUAGAAUUUGGAACCAAUCUUUCAACAGAUGGGCUUGUCAAGCUGAAUAAUUUUGUAACGUUCCAUGAGGCGGUGAUUGAGUUCUUGAAGAUGGAUCAUGUCGAUGUAUUGCUUCAGAAUAAUUCGGAUAGAGCAGCAGCUGACAUCUCAUCAGGUCAUAGUACUACCUCGGUCUUGACAGGCCCUAUUGGUGGAUUCUCGGGGACAUUGAACUUAAGCAUCCCGUGGAGUAAUGGAUGCUUGAACCUUAAGAAAAUUGAUGCAGAUGUAUCUGUUGAUUCAUUAGAAUUGUUGUUACAAAUCAGCAGUAUCCAGUGGUUCAUCUACGUGUUGGAUUCUCUGCAUAGGAACCAAGGUGAACAUAAUUCUGCCCAUAAUACAGCAGAUAUGUCCUUGAACACCUCCAGAUCUGCCUUAAACGCUUCGAAAUCAGUGAUGGCCAACAGGGAAGAUUUGGAUCAGAUCGCACUUUCACAAAAUAGGCAAGACAAAUAUCAGGAUUCUUUCCUAACUAAGGCACAUGUGAUUCAGGAUUGGAUUCCAGAGCUAGUUCUUCACGAAGAUCAAGGCGAACCUGAUUCAGAUUGUGAUGAAAGCAUUGAUCAGUUCUUUGAAUGUUUUGAAGAACUGAGGAACUCCCAGACAAAUUUAGGAAAUAGUGGCAUAUGGGACUGGACGUGUUCAGUGUUCAACGCUAUUACUUUUGCAUCCACUUUAGCUUCUGGAUCAGAUCAAGUUCCUAAAGAACCACCGAUUGAGAAAACCGUACGGGCUUCCAUCGCUGAGAUAUCUGUUAUUCUUUUGUUAAAUGAUGAAAUGGAUGCGGGCGAUUUGAGUGCUUCUACCAGUCUAUUCCAUGAUAUGAGAAGUUCCGAAAUGUUUUCGAGCUGCCUCUCCUCUGGGCAGAUAGAACAAUCAAUGAUGUCUCCUGCUACUGCAUCCAGCUUAAAUAUGCACCAUCUUGAGCCAAGUGUCAGAACAUCCAUCUUGAACUUGAGACAUAUCCCAGAAACUUAGGCUUCAAGGCAUCGAUUGCCCACAUGAAGCUUGAUGAAUACUACAGUACUGAAAAUACUAAUUCAACCCACUCACACCUUGGGACUGCUUUCUUAAAUAAUAACUUCUGUAGAGAAGUUCAAGCUGCUCUCCCUCAAUUCCCAUUUGCUGCUCAAGAUUACUGGGUGGAAACAGCUGGACGCUUUUGUGGUGACCCUGCAUGCCACUGCAUGUUGUAGUAUGCCAGUCGUUGAUAUAACAUUCACGAAGUACCAUUCCGCAAAUAUUACAUCUCUCAGAGUAGUACAACAGAACAUAGCAGGUCCAUAACUCAUUCAUUUAUUAUUACAAGCAUAAUAUACAUAUCGUCUCGGAGCUCCUCUUGGGUCCUAAGAGGGAUACUCCUGGGUUCGGGGCG